CCCUCCUCCAACCACCAGGUGCGAGCUAGUGAGCUGAAGCAGCCCACCGUGGUCACCAUCCUCAAUCUCGCUCUCCUCUCCUCGAUCUCUCCGCCUCUCCCCCCUCCACCGAAAAUGGCUGGUAAGGACGUCGUGCCGACGGCGACCACCCAACGGAAGAGCGUGGCAAGGCGGCUGUGGCGCGUGGUGCGCGCCGUGCUCUACAUGCUCCGGCGUGGCGUGCUUCCGUCCGGGAGCAAGCUGGCCAUGGACCUCGGCCUCCUCCUCCGCCGCGGCAAGAAAGCCGGCAAGGUCCUCGGCGGCCUUUCUUCGGCGAGGUCGUCGUCCUUCUCGUGCCGUGCGCUUGACCCGGCCCUCGCGGUGCACGAGCCCUCGCGCAGCCGCCGCGAGGUCGAGUUCAGCUGCAGCAACACCCCUUUCUCCGCCGCCGCCAAGGGCCGGCACCACCGCAACGACAACGACGACGACCCCGGGUACUACUACAGCUACGACGCGGCCGACAUCGCGAAGGUGUUCGAGAUGCUCAACGAGGGCGGCCACCCCUUCGACGACGACGCGGUCGUGAUGGCGGCGGCCACGGCCACGCCGUCGCCCGCGCCGUGGUAUUCAUCUGCCUCCGGGUCCGGGGCCAGGCCCAACCCGGGGACGAGGCAGCUCCGCAUCGCCGACUCCCCGUUCUCGGCGCCGGGCAACGAAACGCCGGGCGAGCAGCAGGUGGACAGGAAAGCCGACGAGUUCAUCAGGAGGUUCUACGAGCAGCUGCGCGCCCAGAAGAGCGUCGCCGCCACGCCGGAGAACGACGGUUACGCUGCCGGCUCGUACACUGGGCGUUCCCCACGUCCGGUCGUCGCCGCUGGCAUCGUUUAGUGAAGGGGAAGUCUCGGAGGAGCCCGAGGCGGCCACCGGUCGCCCGGCCGCCGGCUGGCAGGAGUGUCUAGACUCUAGACACGCCGCAUGCAUGAGUCUUGUGUGUUGACGCUUGUCCUUGUACACCAGUCAAUUGUCGAUGUCGCAUUUAAUCAGUUUGCUCUGGUUUCUGUUAAUUUGAGAGAGAUUUUUCUGUCUUUCCCGUAAAUUUUCCCCGGAUCUUGUUUAAACAGUCCUCUGCUGUUUACAUGCUAAGAUGAAUAUAUUCUUCGAUGCUUCAAUUUGAA